GACAGCAUUUUCCCCAAAAAAUAUGAACCUUUUCAAAAGGGUAGUUUGGUAAUAAAAAAGAGCUGCAGUAAAAGGAAGAUUACUCUUUUUUCUUCUAAAUACAGUUAACAUACAUUCAGGGUCUGUUUCCCUUCUCAAAGCUUUACAUCAACAGGCCAUCAAGAAAACUCACUCCCUCACUCAACAGACUGAGCUAUCUCUCUCUCUUAAUUUCUUCCUCUCUCUGUCUGUGUCAUAAUGUUAUGUCACGGCUUACUCUUAUUUUCUCUUCUUUUCUUUACUUCUUUUACAUUCUUUAUUCCGUUUUCAGCUGCUGCUCCUCAGUUCCACUCUUUCCAUGCUCUUCCUCCAGCAGGUAGGGAAAAUGUGGAGGGUUUAAAGUAUGAAGUGGAAUACUUGUCAUGGGGGUCAGCGGUGGAGGCACCUAUUAGUGAACCUGUUGAGACCUCAACACUUGUGUUAGCUCCAAGGAGGACUUACAGGAAAGAUCCUCUAAAUGGCUUCAAAAGAUACACUGGAGGUUGGAACAUUAGUGAUCGCCAUUACUGGGCUUCUGUAGGUUUUACAGCAGUUCCCCUGUUUGCCAUAGCUGCAGUGUGGUUCUUGGGCUUUGGUCUUUGUUUACUGCUUGUCUGCCUCUGUUAUUUCUGUUGCGGAAGGAAGUCUUAUGGCUAUUCUCAAACAGCUUAUGUUCUCUCUCUUAUUUUCCUCGUUGUCUUCAGCAUUGGUGCAAUCAUCGGAUGCGUGGUUCUGUACACUGGUCAGGGAAAAUUUCAUAGAAGCACAACUGAAACUUUGGAAUAUGUUGUUAAUCAGGCAGAUACAACCGUUCAGAAACUAAGGGAUGUGUCGAGUUAUCUUGCUUCAGCCAAGAUAAUUACAGUUGAUAAUGUUUCUUUACCUUCCAGUGUGCAAACUGAUAUUGACCAGAUUGAGACAAGAAUUAAUUCUUCUGCUAGCAUCCUUGCUGAUCGAACAGUAGAGAAUUCGGAUGACAUUCGUGAUCUUUUGGAUUCUGUGAGACUGGCACUUAUUGUUAUUGCUGCCAUUAUGCUUCUCCUGACAUUCCUUGGAUUCUUAUUUUCAAUAUUCGGCAUCCAAAUACUAGUAUACAUCCUGGUCAUAGUUGGAUGGAUGCUUGUUGCUGGAACAUUUAUUUUAUGUGGCACAUUCCUUCUUCUUCACAAUGUGGCUGCAGACACUUGUGUUGCAAUGAAUCACUGGGUGCAAAACCCCACUGCUCACACCGCAUUAGAUGAUGUAUUGCCUUGUGUGGAUAGUGCAACUGCCCAAGAAACCCUGUCACGAAGCAAGGAAGUGACUCUUGAAUUUGUCGAUGUGAUCAACUCAGUGAUCACUAAUGUUUCUAACCUUAACUUCUCCCCCAACUUCCCAUCAAUGUACUUCAAUCAAUCUGGUCCACUGGUGCCGAUACUCUGCAACCCUUAUUACCAUGACUUGACGGAUCGACCUUGCAGCUCCGGCGAAGUGGACAUGAACAAUGCAACGCAGGUGUGGGAGAGCUAUGUCUGUCAGGUUUCAUCAACAGGCAUAUGCAUCACAACUGGACGUUUGACCCCAACCUUAUACAACCAGAUGAUAGCCCCACUAAGUGUUUGCUCCAUGCUGAAAAAUUACGGUCUUUUCCUGAUUGAGCUAGAAGACUGCACAUUUGUGAGGGAAACAUUCGACGACAUAUACAGACAUCAGUGUCCUAGACUGCAGCGAUACAGCAGGUGGGUCUAUGUUGGACUGGUAAUGGUAUCCACUGCAGUUAUGCUAUCAAUUAUCUUCUGGGUUAUAUACGGGAGAGAAAGGCAUCAUCGUGUAAGUACGAAGCAGCUCCAAGCUGAAUCAGCUCAGGGCUUGGAAGAUGACAAGCGUUCUCAAUCGUAAGAGAAGUACUUAUGAGCUCAUCAGCUGGAGAGUUCAUUUGUUCGAGUCGGCUCUGUUUUGCAGUUUUGUAUAUGUGCAUUGGAGGUACUUUUUGACUCUGUGUAAAAUUACUGGGCGGUGAAAUCAUUAUUCUACGUAGUAUGCGGUAUUUGCAGGCCUGUAAAAUUGAUUGUAACUUUCUGAGACGAUUGAAGGAAAAAGAUUGAUGUAUUGCUAAAUAUGGGAUUUGCUUGGUCUUAAAAGUUGAAACUGGUAAAGGGUCUGAACCAAGCCUGAGAGCUCUUCAUUCUCGGACUAGUUUAGGAAACAGGAGUUUAACAGCUAGCUGCUAGUCCUUUGGGCUGGAAACUCUGCCACAGCCGAUUCUACUCCGAACGAAAAUUAUCCUCCAUCAUUUCUUACUCUCAAUAACAUUAUAUAUUUCUUUAUCGAAAUAAUUUGUAUUUCAGUC